AUACCAAGUCUAAUGUGACUUUAUUGUUCUUUAUUUGUUAAAUAACUUUAACUUUCAGAUUCACAGCAUUUAAUAAAUUAUAAUGGCUCCACAUCCCGUAAUCCAGGCAAUCAUCGACUUUUCGGCUGGAGCAAUAGGUGGUACAGCUUGUGUGCUGAGCGGUCAGCCGUUUGACACCACAAAGGUGAAGAUGCAGACAUUCCCCACCAUGUACCGCGGCUUCAUCCACUGCUUUACAUCCACCUUUAGGCAGGUGGGACUACGUGGUCUCUACAAAGGCUCGAGCCCAGCCCUCAUAGCCAACAUCAGUGAGAACGCUGUGCUCUUCUUGAGUUAUGGUCUCUGCCAGGAUGCCAUCCGCUUUGUGUCCAGGACGGAAAAAGGAGCCAGUCUCAGUGAUAUUCAGAAGGCAUCCGCAGGGUCUUUAGCCUCCAUCUUCUCCUCCAUGGCGAUAUGCCCCACCGAGCUGGUGAAAUGUCGCCUGCAGGCCAUGCACGAAAUGGAAGCAUCUGGCAGGAUCACAAGCGGACAGAGAAGCACAGUGUGGGCCGUAGUGAAGACAGUGUUGAAGACAGACGGCCCCCUGGGUUUCUACCAAGGACUGACAUCCACCAUGGUGAGGGAGAUACCAGGUUACUUCUGCUUCUUUGGAGCCUAUGAAAUGUGUCGGUCUAAAUUUGCGCAGCACAUGGGCACGGACAAGGACAGUAUAGGUGUUCUUCCACUCAUGUUCAGUGGUGGAUUUGGGGGAGCUUGUCUGUGGUUGAUGGUCUAUCCCAUAGACUGUGUGAAGUCCAGGAUCCAGGUGUACUCUCUAGCUGGGAGGCAAGAGGGCUUCAUGAAGACCUUCAUGGGCAUCAUACGCACUGAAGGGUUCACUGCUCUGUACUCGGGCCUGACUCCUACCAUGAUACGCACCUUCCCUGCCAAUGGAGCCCUCUUCCUGGCUUAUGAGGUCAGUCGCAAGUUCAUGAUGAAGACAGCUGGUGAAUGAUGUGGAGCAUCUUUGCAACUGAAGAAAGUAUGGUGCCGAAACACUGCCUUGCCCUGUGUAUUUUUAAAAUGAGAUGACCAAAUGUUUUUAUUGUGUCCUGUUUGAUUAUGAUUAUUAUUAUUAUUAUUUUUUUCUGUCGCUUUGACUCUACUGCCCACUGUGAGGAAUGUGUAAAUGUAAUUAAGACCAUUACACCCUCUGACGCUAAGAGGAUUGUCAUAACUGUGGAGGAGGUUAGGGGUAUUUUCCAGCGCAACAACCCAAAGAGGGCAUUAGGGCCUGACCACAGCAGUGCACAUAUACUACAAUCCUUUGCCUGGGAAUUAGCCCCUGUGUGGAAAUCCAUCUUUCAGUUGUCAGUUGACACACACACCAUCCCACUAGCGUGGAAAACAUCUCACAUUAGACCCCUCCCAAAAAAAAACAAUGUCCCAAAGAAUAUAAUGAUUUUCGGCCAAUAGCCCUUACAUCUGUGAUCAUGAAGUCACUGGAAAAGAUCAUGGUUCAACACCUUAACAAAUAUCUAUGGAAGCAACAUGACCCAUUUCAAUUUGCAUAUAAACAAGGUCGUAGUAUGGAAGAUGCAGUGAUUAAUCCUUAUCUUAUUCUUUGGUAUUUUUAAUUUCUCACAAACAGGGUUCAGCUAGUCAAAGUAAAUGACACACUCUCUUCUCCAAAUACAACUAAUGUUGGAGUACCCCAGGGCUGUAUUAGCUCCUCUGUGUUGUUCACUUUAUAUACCUCCCGACUGCACCACUAGUUUGCCAAACCAGUUUCUGUUAAAAUACUCAGAUGACUCCACUCUAUUGACCCUGUCUACCAAAUUUGAUGACCCUACACUGUACCAGGGCAACGUGGAUUGGUUAGUUGAGUGGUGUGAUAAAAACACUCAUUAUUAACACUGCGAAGACAGAGGAAAUCAUCUUUGGAAAACCCCAGAAUUGUCAACUGCCCCCAGUGAUGAUUCACAAUUCAGUAAUCAGUCAAGUCCCAGUCUACAAAUAUCUGGGUUUUUCUCCAUAGAUUGAGAUCCUUUGGAGCUAGUAGCCAUAUAAUUUCUUUGUUUUUCACAUCAGUAAUUCAGAGUAUCGUGCUCUAUUGUAGCACUGCUUGGCUGAGUAGCCUAUCAGUUAAAAAUAAAACAAAGCUAUUUGAUCAAAUUAAAAUUUGUUCAAAGAUUAUAGGACUACCUGUAGCACACUCCUUUCAGGAAGCUCACAAUAAUAGUAUGCUCAGACUGGCCAGGAAUAUUUCAAAUGACUCCUCACAUGUUUUGCACAGAGAAUAUCAGCUUUUGCCUUCAAACGGACGCUUCAGAGUUCAUUCUUUCAAUCGCAACAGACUUAAAAACUCUUUCAUACAUCAAUCUAUCCUAUUGUUAAACCAGCUACAUUAAAUCCAGUGCAAUAUUUAUUCAGGGUUAUAAGUCUCCAAGACCUUGUCUGUGUGUAUGUUCAUGUCAUUUUCUCUUGUUAUAUACAUGUAUGCUUUGUUUUCUUACUUGGGUGUUUGUGUAAUUUGUGGUAAUGUUUCAUGUAUGCCCUUUGGUGCUAUUCAUCUUAUUUAUGUCUGUAUGUAUAUCUAUGUCCUCUUUUUAUAUGUGCUUCCCAGGGAUGCAAAAAGAAUUUCAGGCUGACAAUAAAAGUUGUAUCGUAUUAGAUGUGACCUAAACAUAUUGGUGCUAUUGGUAUCCCAGGACUGUCUACAGUGCUGGCCACAGUCAUUUCAAAUAAAGUUUUAAUCUUAAAAUCCA